AUGAUUGCAGUCAAGACCAUACUGUGCCCACUUCUCGUUCUUGCGGGCGCUAGUGCUGCGGCAGUUGAGGAACGUCAAUUGCAGAGCAGCAUAGACUCUGCAGUUUCCGUUGCAACGUCUGAAGCUGCGAGCGCUGCCUCACUCGCGACGUCGCUCGCAGCCAGCGCAUACAGUCAGGCGACCUCACUGGCCAACAGUGUCUACUCGGAAGCCACGUCCUGGCAAGGCAGCGUGUACUCGGAAGCCACAUCCUGGGAUGGAAGCGUUGCCUCCGAAGCGACCUCCGCUGCUGGGAGUAUCUACACCGCCGCGACUUCCUUCGCUGGGAGCGUUUAUACGGAUGCCUCUUCGUUCGCCGGCAGCGUGUACACCGACGCUAGUAGCUUUGCUAACGGGGUGUACGAGACCGUGACCUCCGCAGAAGGACAAGCCUAUACUGUCGUAACAUCCAGAGGCGGCGAAGCUAUCACCCUCGCAGCAAGCGGAAGGACGACCACUUUUGCUGGUGCCACCUACACCGUAGCCAGUGGCAACGUGGCAGCCGCCAGCGGAUCCAAUACUCAGUCCCAGAAUGCUGCUUUGGGGCUUGCGUCGUUUACGAUGUCUACGCCCUUGCUCACAGGCAUGGUCGCUGUUAUCGGCGGCAUUAUGACUGGGGCAUGGGUUGUAUUCUGAAUUCAGUCUGGACAAACACCUUCGACGCACCAGACCCUGUCAGCUGUACACCAUCUUGUUUUCUCGGCCCCUCGACGAGUGAAAUGCCUCAUAGAUGACCGUUAGAACUAUGUAUGUAGAUGCUAUGUAAUACUAUAUACUGUAUUGCUCCUUCCGAUGUGACUGCCGGUGAUUAGAGUACUAUAUACGACGUCUACGAGCGUCCGUGCGUUGCAUUGAUAGUCCGUGAGUGCAUCAAACCCUAAUAGUCCAUCGUGGUACGCCAGCCUACCACGUCAACCACUCUCCGUACAUAUUCGGCCGCUCGCCGCGAAUGUAGGCCUCGAACGUCCUCAGGAUGACUGUGCUCCAGUCCAAGUCCCGCUUGUCAUCGGACACCAUAUCCUCCCUGUCCUCUUCGAAAUGUUUAGCUACUGCGGCAGACGACCGUGCGGCCCUCUCUGAUGAAUCAAAGCGAGGGCCGAGGUCUGGCCAGUUUCGAGCAGGGUCGAAAGGCCAGGACCAGAAGUCACUUCCAUGGUAGUGGUAUGAAUAGGCACCCUUGAAGAAACCGUGAAAGCCGACAGCACCCGGUUGAGCAUUCUGCUGUUGUGGUGUAGAGAAGAAAUCUCGGAAGCUCUCGAAAUAUGGCUG